AUGUGCCUCGCCCGCCUGCUCCUCUUCACCUGCGGCUGCCGCACCCCGGCCGAGCGGGCCGACGACUGGAUCCGCCGCUGCCGCCAAGGCAAGAUCUUCCACUACUCCGAGUGCACGGCGCGGAAGACGCGGACGUAUGUUUUAAGCUUCCCGUGCUGGUCGUGCUACCACGCGCUGAAGCUGGGGAAGUUGCAGAUUGGUGAAGGAGAGGAGAUGAAGGAGGAAGACGACGAGGGCGAUGAGAUGAGUGAGAAGAUGGAGGAGGUGUGGGUGGAGGAGGGUAGAGGGGAGGGCGAUAGGUAG